UCGGCGCGGCAGUGUCUCCCCACCGCGGGCCCCGGAGCGAGCUUGUCGCGGUCGCUCCUGCGUGCGCGCGCGUGUGUGCAGAAGGGACGGGGACAUGGGUCGUCGGCGGUGGUGAACCUCUGUGGGAGGGGGACAGAGGGGGGGAUGUCGUCGCGCACCCUAGGCUGCCUCCUGGCCUUCGUCGUGGGGCUCGUCGACUGCUACAUAGAGCCGGUGGAGGAGGCGGGCUGCCACGACGCCACCUUCCGGCUGACGUGUCGUCAGCUGGACGACCGCAUCGCCGUGCUGCGCGCCAGCUUCCAGCCCGCCGGGGGCGGCGCCAACUGGACGGCGGACGGCGGCGUCAACGCCUCCGCCUGCGAGGACGGCGGCGGGGGCGGCUGGGGCGGCGCCGGGCCCACCGCGUCGCCCGCCGGCCCGUUCGACAUCCGCCCCACCGUCAACUACAGGUGCUCCGGCAUGAACCACUGCAGCUUCAUCCUGACGGCCGACCACAAGCCCUCUGCGGACUGGGGGCCCGGGGUCGUCACCCUCAGAUACGCCUGCUUCAACAAAGACCACAUGACGAGGUUCUGCAACGAGCAGAUCUCCGUCAAGGACGAGGGCUUCGUGAUGUCGCCCGGCUACCCGGGCUACUACCUGCACCAGAACGACUGCUACUGGCUGCUGAGGGCGGCGCCCGGCCAGAGGAUACGGCUGUCCUUGCUGGACGUGUCCUUGCGAGCGGGGGCCGGCGAGCCGGGGGGCAACUGCAGCGACCGGCUGCAGGUGAGCGAGGAGGACCGCGUGCUGCUGGCGGAGUGCGGAGACCUGAGCAGCGCCGAGGUGGUGGUCUCGCAGGGCGGCGCGCUCAACGUCAGCCUGGCGGGCCUCACGCGCGAGGUCUUCCCCAAGCGCGGCGUGCUGUUCCACUACCGGGCCGUGGGCUGUCCCUCGCUGACGCCGCCGGCGGACGGCUACACCGUCUUCAGGAACCACACCGACGCGCAGUUCACGUGCUGCGUGGGCCACGUGUUCCCCGACACGCGGCUCAGGGACCGCCGCCUGCGCUGCGUCAACGGCAACACGUGGAGCGCGUCGCUGCCCGACUGCGUGGCCGACUCCUCGAUGCAGACCCUAGGACAAGAGGCGAACCCACCGCUGACAGUUGUGCCUCUUCGCAACGCAAACAUCACAGGAUCCAGCGCGGCUGCCAUCAUCGGCGAGACCAACAUGGUCUUAGAUGUGAUACUUCCUACCAUUAUCAUCUGCAUCUUGAUUUUAGGAAAUGGUGUGGUCCUGUAUGUGAUUCUCUACUUGAGAAAAAGAUCUUCCGAAAGAGGCGACGAAGAGGAACUAGACGAUAUCUAUGAACCAACCGAUGGCAGCGUUUCCGACAGGGCAAUCAAUGUGUGAAGAGAAUGCUCGAAUGUGACGGCUCGAGCUGCGAUGUCAUCUGAGAGACGGUUACAAAGAGUCACGCCAGCGUGGCGUGGGAUUGUUUUCAAUACCAUUCCACUCGAUGGAACGCUGUGGAUGGAUUGCACCACUACACACGCUUCGUACUGCACCAAACAUGAGGUAGUUUCUGUGCCCGCAAACGCAAAUGUAGGCAAAUGCAUAAAAAAAAAUUAUUUUUUAGAUAAAGCAUAAUUUAUCACUACGCUGAA